AGAGUUGAUCCCCACAUGCCUAGAAUUCCCUCCACACUUGUUUUCAGCCAUGCAGGAGAAGAGGCGCUUCUGUUUGCCAGGCAUGUCAACAGUGUGGAGAGUCAUGCUGCUGUGGUUCUGCGUCUGCCUCUGGCCCCCAGCUCAGGCCCAGGGGGCUCUGGUCGUUUCCCGCAGAGAUGUUCCAACACAGAUAUUUACAGAGAGCAUAGAGGCCAUGGGUAGCAAGUCAAUAAAGAAAAGAAGCACAAACUCUGCGAAUACGGUUGAGGUGUACAGUGUGACAGUGGGCUGCACUGUGACGUCUCGUUUCGCUCACACCGUCGUGACCUCCAAGGCUCUGAACAAAGCAAACACCUCCCAGGAAAUCUUCUUUGAAAUGGAGCUGCCCAAGACCGCCUUCAUCACCAACUUCAGCAUGGAAAUUGACGGUCAGGUGUAUGUUGGGGAGGUGAAGGAGAAAGAGAAAGCCAAGAAAGAGUAUGAGAAGGCUGUUUCCUCUGGACAGACUGCUGGACUGGUCAAGGCUUCUGGAAGGAAGAUGGAGAAGUUUUCAGUGUCUGUUAACAUUGCAGCCAAAAGCAACGUGACUUUCAUUCUGACCUACGAGGAGCUCCUUCAGAGGAAACAGGGCCAGUAUGAGAUUCUGACCCGAGUUACACCCAAGCAACCGGUGCAGGAGUUUCAGAUUGUAGCAGACAUCUAUGAGCCCCAAGGCUUUGCUUUUGUUGAGGCCACUGCAACUUUCCUCACCAAUAAGCUGCUCUAUCUGGUGGAGAAAACCGUCACAGACACAAAGGCACACAUCUCUUUCUCACCAACACUGGAGCAGCAGAGGAAAUGUCCAGGAUGUAAAAAAACCAUAAUUGAUGGAGAUUUCAUCAUCAUGUAUGAUGUGAAGCGAGAAGAGAGCCAUGGGGAUGUUCAGAUUGUGAAUGGAUCCACCGAUAUUAAUGACGCUGUGCUGAGGGCAGUUAGCAUGCUGGUGGAAGAAAGAGAAAAUGACAAACUUCCAGAGAGGAGUGUGGAUAUGAUUAUUUUACUGACUGAUGGGAUGCCAAACAGCGGAGAGUCUGACCUCCUGACGAUCCAGGAGAAUGUGCAUUCUGCUGUUGGGGGGAAGAUGACUAUGUUCUGUCUUGGAUUCGGAAAUGAUGUGGAUUACUCCUUCCUGGAUGUAUUGUGCAGACAAAACAAAGGACUGGCCCGCAGAAUUUUUGAGGGUUCAGAUGCAACACUUCAACUACAGGGUUUCUAUGAGGAGGUGUCCAGCCCUCUGCUCUUGGACGUGGACCUGCGGUAUCCUGACAACGCAGUGGACCACUUGACCAAAAACCACUAUAGCCAGUUGUUUAACGGAUCAGAGAUUGUGGUGUCUGGUCGGCUGAUAAACAACGACCCUGAUAACUUCUUGGUGGAGGUGUUCGCUAAGGGGCCUGAAAAUGACUACAUUGUGCAGGGAAAGGCCAAUGUGGUAAACUUGGAAGUUAUGUACCCAGAACAACAGUACAUCUUUGGGGAUUUCUCAGAGCGUCUGUGGGCCUACCUCACCAUCCAACAACUACUGGAGGAAAGUGACAUUACUACUCAUCAGGAUAAAGAGACAAUGAUCGUCAAAGCCCUGGAAAUGUCACUGCAAUACAGCUUUGUCACGCCUGUCACUUCCAUGGUGGUCAUAAAGCCUGACACUGAGGAUGGACCAAGCAGCCCUCUCAUUGCGGAUAAACUGACUGAAGGUAAGUGUAGAAAAGGCCAGAACAUUAUCUGGCAGCUGAAGAGGAAGGACCAUAACAGCUGUGUGGAUCUUCUCUUGACCAAGGAUCGCAGCCUAACGGUAACUCUUAAAGAUUCAGUCAAGUUUGUCAUCCUGCUGCACAAAGUGUGGAAGAAGCACCCAUACCACCGGGACUACCUGGGUUUCUACACCCUGGACAGCCACCUCCUGUCCCCUUCUGUUCACGGCCUGCUAGGUCAGUUCUACCAUGGGAUUGAAUAUGAGGUGACAAACCUGCGUCCAGGUGAAGUCCCAGAGAAACCAGACGCCACCAUGUUUGUGAAAGGACACGAGCUCAAUGUGACCAGAGGCUGGCAGAGAGACUUCAGGAGGGAUGUGAAGAACGGAGACAAUGUUCCCUGCUGGUUCAUUCACACCAUGCAGGAGAAAUGGCGCUUCUGUUUCCUAGGCAUGUCAACAGUGUGGAGAGUCAUGCUGCUGUGGGUCUGCGUCUGCCUCUGGCUUCCAGCUCAGGCCCAGGGGGCUCUGGUUGUUUCCUGCAGAGAGGCUGCAACACAGUGGAGGUUACAGUGUGACAGUGGAACUGCCAUGUUGCACGUCCCGUUUCGCUCACCCACCCGUCCUAAUGACUCCAAGGCUACUGCAACAAAAGCAAACACCCUCCCCGGAAAUCUUCUUGAAAAGGAGCUGCCCAAGACCGCCUCUCCACCAAACUUCAGCAUGUCAGUGAAAAUACACCCAUCAACAUUACACACGUGGUGUGCGUUCCUUCUAGGGACUGAUAUCAAUCAAGCAGUGUUGACAGGCGUGGACAUGCUGGUCAAAGACAGGAGGGAGAAGAAGCUUCCAGAGAGGAGCGUUGAUAUGAUUAUUUUAUUGACUGAUGGAAUGCCAAAUUCGGGAGAGUCUCAUCUCCCGAGGAUCCAAGAAAAUGUGCGUUCUGCUAUUGGAGGAAACAUGUCUCUGUUCUGUCUUGGAUUCGGAAAUAAUGUGGAUUACUCUUUCCUGGAUGUGAUGAGCAAACAGAACAAAGGAGUGGCCCGCAGAAUUUUUGAGGGUUCAGAUGCAACACUUCAACUUCAGGGUUUCUAUGAUGAGGUGUCCAGUCCUCUGCUUUCAGACGUGGACUUGCGUUAUCCUGACAAUGCAGUGGAAUCGCUGACCACCAACCACUUUAACCAGUUGUUUAACGGCUCAGAGAUCGUGGUGGCCGGUCGGCUGAUGGACAACGACCUGGACAACUUCCUGGUGGAAGUGUUCAGCCAGGGGUUUGAGGAGGACUUCAAUGUGCAGGGCCAGGCCAGUGCUGUGGACUGGGGCGUGAUGUACCCUGAUGAAGAGUAUAUCUUUGGGGAUUUCACAGAGCGUCUGUGGGCCUACCUCACCAUCCAGCAGCUACUGGAGAAGAGCAAAAGUGGUGCCACGGACGAGAAAGCCAACGCCACAGCCAAGGCCCUGGAAAUGUCUCUGCAUUACAGCUUUGUCACCCCACUCACUUCGAUGGUGGUCACCAAGCCUGAAACUGAGGACGGCACAGAGACCCCUCUCAUUGCUGACAAGCUGACUGAGGAGCAAAGACAACAGGCAGAAAGACACAUACAUCGAAAUUUACCUCUAACCCCCGUAAGACAUACUUAUUCGUCAGCAGCACCAACAUAUUUUGUGGACGGAGAUCCUCAUUUCAUGAUCGAGUUGCCAGACAGAGAUGACGCUCUGUGCUUCAAUGUCAACAACAAACCAGGAACCAUUUUCAACCUGGUCAGAGACCCAAAUUCAGGUAUUUUGGUGAAUGGCCAGAUUAUCGGAGACAAGAAGAUUCCCCCUGAUGGUAAAAUCAACACCUACUUUUGGCGUUUUGGCAUCAUCCACCAGACUCUGGGGGUGAAGCUGGAGGUGGACACUCAGGUCAUCUCUGUGUUCCAGGACGGCAAAUGGGUCAAGCUGCUGUGGUCUGAUGCAGCUUCUCUCAAGGGACUCAAGUGAGUGGUGGCAUUUCUGGUACAGCCUCAAAUGGUUUCAUUGCUAUUUGACUAAUAGAGUCUUUAAUGUCUGCAUAAAUAAUCAUGUUUCCUCCUCUGCUCCCCUGCUGUGUGGUGUCCCUCAGGGGUCGGUUCUUGGUCCAGUUCUGUUCUCCCUGUACAUGCUUCCUCUGGGUCAUUUGUUCAGCCGCUUCCAUGACAUGUCAUACACCUGUUAUGCAGAUGAUACACAGAUCUACUUUUCUGCGAGAUAACCCAA